UUAAUAUUCUUUUCAUCUUUUUCAGUUUCUUCAACAUACAAAAGAACAACGUACAACAAUUAUCCGACAGAAACACCGGCGACACGAUUGUCCAAAGACCAGCAGGAAUUCGAUGAAGCACUUGGCACACUAACGAGACGACGUAAAAACACUUUGGACUACCCGUCGACGACUUCUUCCCGAUACGGGUCUAGUUUGACAGUUAAUGGGGAUCCUGGAAGAAUUUACGACGGAUGUCCGCCUCAGGAGACCACGACCUCCAUUAUGGGAGAACUUACGCCCAAACCUCCAGCUAGAAGAUUUGGUCAAGUUACCGCUAAACGUGAUAUUCCUCCGCUGCAAUACAGUCAGGAAAAUAAAACGCCUAUACCUCCAAGGCGAGGUGGAGUAAGAUCAUCCCAGAGAUUAAAUGUACCAAAUGACCAUCACAUUAACAGCAGUAAUAAUAGCAUAAAGUCAACAGUAGCAGAUGAGAACGAAAACAUGCCGGAGGAUUACGUGUUCAAAAGGGUUAAUCAUGACUCUAUGGCUGGUGUACGAAAGUCUAAUUUAUCAAUUAACAGCUGCGUGUCUAUGACAAGUGUUUACGCUUCUGGGAGAAAGAAAAGACGAGCACCCCCACCGCCAAGUCCACGUGACGUUAAACCUCAACUAAAAGUCAAGUCGACGGAAAAAUUAACCGAGUCGAAUACUAAUGAUUCUGAUGGUAAUUAUUCAGAGGGUCAAGAGGUCAAAGUCGAAAUAAAAAAACAAGAAGAAACUCGCUGUGAAAUAAUAAAAGAUGUUGAAAUCGUGGAAGACAAAACGCUGCUUAGGAAGAAAUCAAAGGAAAGUAUUGGAAGCGACAGCAGUUUUUCAGUGAAAGACGAAAUCGAAAAAAUAGAACGUCAGAUUAAAUUAUUGGAGGCUACCAAAGCUAUUAAUAACGAUGAGAAAGCGGCCUUGAGGACUCGGACGUACUCGCUGACCGACGAAGACAAUUAUGAUACACCAGGCAGGCGGCUGAUACGCGGCAGCAGUUCUCGAAGAAGUUUGCAAGAAAAUCGCAGAAAUUUCUUCAAAGAGUUGACUUCACGCUCAAGUAAUAAUGUCAAUAUUAAUAAUAAUAUUAAUCAUAAUAAUGAUAGGGUCAAAGUUGAGAUUAAAGAGCUACCGCGUCAGCAGAAUGACAUUAAGAUCGUCCAUCUUACGGACGAAGUAGAGCAUCAUGAUAAUGGAGAAGAAACUGCCGAUAAUUCAGCGGUCAAAGUUAUCGAGCUUAGAAUUUCCGAACCUUUAAAAGUUAAAUCUGACUUUAAUUUUGAGGUAGUACUACAGUUACCACAAGAGUCAAAUUCCAAAACCUAA